AAGGGGAGGGGACUAGAGAGACUGAACAUGGCAGAGAAGAGAGAAAGUUGACGGCCCAAUUUCAUGUCUUAAAACGAGUAUUAACGGACGCAGUCUUUAAGGUUUUGGAUAGAUCCACUUCUCCAGCUUUAUCCAGACCUGGGCCCGCCACAUUUGGAUUAUAUCUGCCUUUGUUACCCCGGAGACCGCAGAUCUUGUGCGUUUUCUGCUGUAGCUGAACCUCAAGUAACCGGCACACGGCUGCAGUACUGGAAUUCAUCUAUUUUUGAUGUCUUCUUAAUGGCAAAGCAUGCUUCAUCCUGAUUUAUGAUCAAGCCCCCAAACCAUUACAGCUCACUGCAGACUCCCAUCUCCUCUGCCUCUGCUUCGCUACAUCUACAAAAGAUUGCAGUUGUUUCGUUAAAUAUUUACACUUUUUGUUACUUCAGAACAAAGUGACCCUGAGUAGUGCGCGUGCCAAAGCUCAAAAUGGUGGAACCCAUCUAUGCCACAGGUAUGGCUGCUCGCCUCCGUAACCAGUGGGACCGAGACGAGGGACUGGGGCAGAACCAUAACGCGGUGAAGUUAUUAGGGCAGGACUUUGAGUCACUUAGAGCCCAGUCCCUCCGGAGCGGGAAACUGUUCGAGGACAGCUUCUUCCCAGCAACAUGCUCCUCUCUGGGCUUCAACGAGCUCGGGCCCAGAUCAGCCAAGACCCAGGGAGUGAUCUGGAAGAGACCCACUGAGAUCUGCAGAAACCCUGAGUUUAUUGUGGAUGGAGCGACACGCACAGACAUCUGUCAGGGAUCUCUGGGUGACUGUUGGCUGUUGGCUGCUAUCGCCUCUCUCACUCUGAAUGAUGAGCUGCUGCACAGAGUGGUCCCACACGGCCAGGACUUCAGGAAUGGAUACGCUGGCAUCUUCCACUUCCAGUUCUGGCAGUUCGGAGAGUGGGUAGAUAUGGUGAUCGAUGACCGUCUCCCUGUGAAAGAUGGAAAGCUCCUGUUUGUGCACUCGGCCGAAGGUACCGAGUUCUGGAGUGCUCUGCUGGAGAAGGCCUAUGCAAAGCUGAAUGGAUGUUACGAGGCUCUCUCCGGGGGUAGUACUUCAGAGGGCUUUGAGGACUUCACUGGCGGAGUCACAGAGAUGUACGAGCUCAACAAACCGCCCUCUGAUCUGUACAGCAUCAUCAGCCGUGCUGUCGAAAGGGGCUCCCUGCUCGGCUGCUCUAUAGACAUCACCAGCUCCAGAGACAUGGAGGCCGUAACAUUUAAGAAGCUGGUGAAGGGACAUGCCUACUCUGUAACCGGGGUGGACGAGGUGGUGUACAGAGGAAAUAUGACCAAACUGGUUCGCAUCAGAAACCCCUGGGGUGAAGUGGAGUGGACUGGAGCCUGGAGUGACAAUUCAAGAGAGUGGGACAAUGUGGACCGCUCUGUCAGAGGUCGGCUACAAAAUCGCAGUGAAGAUGGAGAAUUUUGGAUGUCAUUCAGUGACUUCUUGCGUGAGUUCAGUCGUCUGGAAAUCUGUAACCUGACUGCAGACGCUCUUCAGAACAGCCAGAUCAAAAAGUGGAGCUCAAAUCUGUUCCAGGGUGAAUGGAGGAGGGGCAGCACGGCCGGGGGCUGCAGGAACUACCCUGCGACGUUUUGGUUGAACCCACAGUUUAAGAUCCAGCUGCAGCACCCAGACAGUGCUGGGAGCCCUGACUGCAGUUUUGUGGCCGCUCUGAUGCAAAAAGACCGGAGGAAGAAGAGGAGGGAGGGUAAAGACAUGGAGACUAUUGGGUUUGCUGUCUAUGAGAUUCCACGAGAGUUUGUGGGUAAGUCGGGGGUGCACUUGAAGCGUGACUUCUUCCUGACCCAUGCCUCCAGUGCUCGCUCUGAGCUCUUCAUAAACCUGAGAGAGGUGAGUUCUAGACUGAAGCUGCCAGCUGGAGAGUACAUCAUCGUCCCCUCCACCUUCGAACCGCACAAGGAGGCCGACUUCGUGCUUCGCGUCUUCUCGGAGAAACCAGCCGGUACCGAAGAAAUGGAUGAUGACAUUAAAGCAGAAAUCCCUCCAGAUAAUUAUCUUGAUGAAAGCCAGAUCGAUGCAGGUUUCAAGAGCUUGUUCAGACAGCUCGCAGGACAGGACUUAGAAAUCAGUGUUACAGAGCUCCAGACUAUUCUUAACAGAAUUAUCAGCAAACACAAAGACUUGAAAACAGAUGGCUUCACAAAAGAGUCCUGUCGCAGUAUGAUCAACCUUAUGGACAAAGACGGCAGUGGAAAACUAGGCCUGACUGAGUUCCAUGUCCUUUGGGAGAAGAUUAAACGAUACUUGACUAUUUUCAGAGAAUUUGACUGUGACAAAUCGGGCACAAUGAGCUCCUAUGAAAUGAGGAAAGCCCUGGCAUCCGCAGGAUUUAACUUGAACAACCAGCUUUUCCAACUCAUCAUCCUUCGCUACACUGAGGCAGACAUGACUGUCGACUUUGAUAACUUCGUCACAUGUUUGGUCCGAUUGGAAACCAUGUACAAGACCUUUCAGACAUUGGACACGGAUAAAGACAAUGUUAUAACGCUAGAUUUUGUCCAGUGGAUAAUGCUGACCAUGUUUGCAUAGACCUGAAUGGAGCCCAGUGACUGCAGUGUCUUUUACAGAAGUGCCUUUUCCAGCUCCAGGGCCACAGCUCACCAUGACAACAAGAUCUGCGAGCAGUGCCUAUUGUACACGUGCCAAAAUGUACACUUAUUUAAAAAAUAAAAAUAGGAGAAUGCAAAAACAACCAUCUUAAAUAACUUAAAAAUGUACUCUAAAUUAUAAGUAUCCUGAUUUAAGUACAUUUCAACAAGUCUAGAAAUAAGAUUUGCUUAAAGGUGCACUAUGUAACGUUUUCUGGUGGAAGGUCUGCCACCUGCUUGCCUCGUUGGAGGUUUGUUCAGCUGGAAUGUUCCAUAGUAUUGCAUUGGUGUAGCAAUCUUGCAUUUAUUCAUUUUUAACUGCUCAUAAAUUUCAAGAAAA